GUCACACGAUGGGAUAUCUCCACGUGACGCUUGCUUGGAUGCGGCAAUGGAGUUGGGAGACGCGGGCCCGGAUCGUCAUGGAGAAGACCCACUUCUGGCCCCGCUUGGUGGAGCCACUGCCCUGGUUGCAGCCACCUGCUGGUGCAGAGCCGCCGGCCAAAGCGUGGCAGCAUUGCUGGCUGGACUUCCUCGUCGCCCACCAGGAUUGGCGAGGCCUUGCGGCUUGGGUCCGAUCGCUUCCCUUUUCACCUCAGACGGACUGUGUGGAUGCCUUUGGCAAGAGCUGCGUGGACCUGGAGAAGCUCGAGCAUCGCGGUCUCCGUUUCUGCACCUCCUAUUCGCGAGAGGUUCUUCUGCAGCAGCUGGGCCGCCGAGGAAUCUUUUGCAGCGGGGAUACACAGGACUUCCAUGCGCUUCUGUGCCGUCUGACGCUUUGUGGCAAACUUUUCGGCGACGGAAUGAGCCUAGAGCCACCAAAGGGACGUGAAGUGACGCUGGCAUCUAAGCUGCCUAGCUCUGACAGCGAUGAGGGAUCAUUGCCACUGGACCAUUUGCUGCCGGUGGGAACAGUGAGUCCUUUCCACUGCUUCUUCAUCAACUAUUGCAUUGACAACGACCUGCCCGCGCUUCUGUUGCUGUACCUCCAGCGCUACAAUUUGGCCACGACCAUGAGCACCCUCAAGGAGCUCCACAUUCAACAAUCGCAGCGGUCGUGGGCUCCACUACUCCUCGUCGGACGCCUUGGCAAUCCCCAUCUCUUCGCUGCAUCUUUGCACCAUGCCGCUUCCGUUUAUCCAUCUUCAGAUACUUCGCUUACCAGAUUUGUGAAGGAAGAUGCCGAGGGAGUGCCAUUUAUGCCACUGGGGGCCUUGGCAGACUCCAGGCCAAUCGCAUUCCUGGCAACCUUGAUGUUUGCGCCAGUUGCGUGUGCCCUCGAGCUCCUCAAGCUGGACAAGGACUGCCCAUGGGCGGUUAGCAAGCAAACACUUCGAAAGGCCGUAGCGGCAUAUCCUGCUCUGAGCGAAGCAUUUCUGUCGAAUCGCAUCGAGGAUGAGACAAAGGAGACUCCCGCAGGAAGCGACAAGUAUGGCAGAAGCCUCGUGGAGGCAGUGGCCGAGGCUUGCUCUUGCCAAGGCAAGACGGAGAAUCGGAUGAUGCCCCAGGAAGUCUUGCCUCAGCUUGAGAUGCAAGGAGCUGCAGGCACCGGUGGCGAGAGGCACAUGACGGUCGAGGAAAUGGCAACCUUCAAGGGAGAUGUCGCGCUGUCAACGCUUCUGAGCGAUGUCGCGUCUUUUGACGUUGUCCAAGUCCUGGAUCGACUCUGCAUCUUUGAAGAAUGCGAGGUGCUGAACCUGGCACAACUGGCGGACACGGACGAGCACUUUCCCGAUGAGCUGGAGGAAAGUUACUUUCUGUCCCAAGGAAGAGCCAUGAUGGCAUAUCAUGUCUUGAUGACGAACUGCAAGCGGCAGUUGAAGGCCGGGGAGGAACUCCGAUUUCCACUCGCUUUGGCUGCAGAGGAUGCCCGUCGUCUGCGGAAAGCAGCAAAGUCUGUCGCAUUGCACAAUCUGCUGAAUGAGGGGGUCGUCUCCAGUGCCGUUUGCCUUUUGGAGCUCUGCGGUUUGGAGACAGAGAAGUUGCGAGUGGAUGUGGAAGCAGCGAAGCGAAUCUAUUCCCACACCGUGCAUCAAAGUCGAAGCGCGGGUGAAGACCGUCAGCGAGCUGCAGCUGCUAGCGUGAUUCAGUUGUUCAUGUCCUUCCCUGACACAGAAGAUGCAUCGGCGAGUGCUGCCGCCGAGGCGGCAAUCAGCUCUCCCCACUUGUUGAAUGCUCUGCGCAUGCUGGAAGAAUCCACCUGGGCCUUGGAUCCUCAUCCAUCGGCUCCAACAGCGUCCUCCAUCCAGGCUUUGGGUUAUGAUCUGCCUUGGCACCUCGUGGCAUUGUUCUGCCGAGUACACUCCUUGCCGCGGUCACUCACUCUUCUUCACGAACUUGCACGGAACAAUGACUGGGUUAUGUUCUUGUAUGAGAGCGACUUGCAGCAGUGCCCUGCAGAGACGGUGCUUGACAUUGUUGGCGGCUAUUUCACCGAAGUGCCUCUGCAGAACCAUCUGCAAAUUCUUGCCAACUCGAUUGCUGCACAAGAGCAGGGACAGCAAGAGCAGCAAGAGCAGCAAGGGCAGCAAGGGCAGCAAGGACAGGGAAGACGUGAAGAGAGAGGCCGGAGUGGCAAAGUGGACGACUCGAGUGUGCCGGCCGAUGCCAUCAGCUUCUUGGAAAGAAGCCGCUCGCUCCGCUCAACCGGCAGCUCCAUGAGUUUAGGACUAUUAGGCCAUGCGCUCCUCCACAGAAAGGCAAGGCUCGCGGUUGUGGCUUCGGCCUUCAGUGACGUGACCUACCUUCAAUGCAUGGCAGUGUGGCUCACCGUGAAUGCAGAACGACUUCGGGAUAAUCAGGUGCCAGAUGCUGUUGUUGCCCCCUUGCCAUCACCAGCGGCAAGUCCGGGCGAGGUAGCCGCGCAGAUUGCAAGCCUCUGUCGACAGCGUCAUGCGUUCUCCUUGGUUCUUCGAGCCCUCAAGAUCUUUGAUCCGGAGAAUCCGCUCAUCGAUUUUGUUUGCUUUCAUCGAGCGUUUGUGCAGUGCCGCUUCAAGAGCUGCCGCGAGCAUUUGCGUCGCUUCGUCGGGCGGAACAUCGCGCGCACUGGACUUCUCGUCACCAGAAUGCAAUGGCAGGACAUGGUAGGGGAGUCUGCAGAAUACAACGGCCGCAAACACUACACAAAGCGGAAGCUGGUGGUUGUGUGUACUGAGGUACCUUCUGGAUGGUUUUCCCAGGUCUCGCAUGAUGUUGUUAUCAGUGCCGACCACCCAGUUUCGGUAAUUGUCUCGGCCUUUGUCAGUAGGCUGGCCGACAAAGGUGGCAGAGGCUUUUGCAGGCUUGAUGAAGCUGGCUUUUCUCCGCGCUUCUCGCUGCUCUUCAGCGCCUACAGGCGAAAAGUUGAGACCGGUUUGGAUGUUGACUUCCGGGUGCCGAGUACAGAAUUGCUGCAGCUACUGAUAUCGAAGAAGAUGUUCUCCGAAGCCAGAGAAUGGGCCAAGCAGAGUGGUGUGGCUGGGGACACCGUCGUUUUCGAGGAAGUGACAGGUAUGAUUGUCGAGUUCCGGCAGGGAGCCUGGUGGAAUGUGCUGGCAGAGAGAAUUCAACUCUGGCACAAAUGCUUCAGUGCCUUCAUGCGUCAAAGCCCUCCGGUGGGAUCAGCGAACUUUUUCUUGGAUAUCACUGCCAAGCUGGAGCCGGAUCUCUUCGCACGGGAGCAGUUGGUCCUUCUCUCCAUUGCCCGGGAGCUUCUCUUGAUUCAACACAGCACAGCACAGGUCACAUCCUCGCACGAAGAUCAUCUCGAGCAGCUGAAGGUGAGCCUGCUUCUCAUUCUGACGGGCACGGCGCCGGAUUUGACGCCGGACUUGGAACUGUGCCCUCUGGACUGCCUCGGUGCUGCUCAUGUCAAGUCACUGCGAGUGGUCUUCGCUCACAGCUCUGGCUUACUGCAUGCCGGUAGAAGGAGCGACGCAAGUCAAGUUGCAUAUUAA